UAUGCCAGCUACAAUAGGCUCGUAGAUCGAACCGGUCUGUCUCGUGGCAAGUGAUUACUACGUAUGGUGCACAAUGAGAUUUACAGAUAAGUUCCUCUAUUUAUUCGCGAUAUUCGGUAUCGCGAAUGCUGCUGGACCUACGCUCGUUUUACUCGACAAUUUAGCGAUAAGAGAAACGCAUUCCAUAUUUUUCAAAACGUUACAGGAUAGCGGUUAUACAUUAACAUUUAAAUUAGCAGAUGAUGCUAAUUUAUCGCUCUCAAAGUACAGAGAGUAUUUAUACAAACAUUUGAUAAUAUUUGCUCCAUCCGUGGAAGAAUUUGGUGGAGCUUUAAGCGUAGAGGCCAUAACUGAUUUUAUCGACGGCGGUGGUAAUGUUUUGGUUGCUGGUUCUUCUCAGUCUGGACAUGCAUUGCAUGAACUAGCAUCCGAGUGUGGUUUUGAAAUCGACGAAGAGGGUUCUGCAGUUAUAGAUCACUUAAACUAUGAUGUUACCGAUAAUGGAUAUCAUACUAAAAUAGUUGCGGAUCCAUCUAACUUAAUAGAUGCCCCUGUCAUUGUUGGAAACAAAAAUGUACAACCCUUACUUUAUCAGGGAACUGGACUAAUUGCAGAUACAGACAAUUCUUUAAUUUUGCGUUUACUGACAGCAUCUAGUUCAGCAUAUUCAUACAAUCCACAAAAUCCUAUAAAGGAUUAUCCUCAUGCAGUUGGCAAGAACACAUUAUUAAUUGCAGCUCUUCAAGCUAGGAACAAUGCGAGAGUAGUGUUCUCUGGUUCACUAUAUUUCUUUAGCGAUGAAGCUUUCAGUAGCCCCAUUCAGAAAGUACAAGGUGGACAGAAACAUGAGAAAUCUGGAAAUGGGAUUGUAGCGACAGCGAUCGCCCGAUGGGUCUUCAAAGAAAAUGGUGUAAUACGUGUCUCUUCCGUUUAUCAUCACAAAGUCGGAGAAUCCGAACCGCCUGCAGCUUAUACGAUAAUGGACGAUGUUGUCUAUUCCAUUGAUGUUCAAAAAUUGUCAGGCGAUAAAUGGGUACCGUACGAAACAAAUGAUUUGCAAUUGGAAUUCGUUCGAAUCGAUCCUUUCGUCCGUAUGACGAUGAAACCAGUAGGGAACGGUCGAUACGAAGCAAGAUUCAAAAUCCCUGAUGUCUAUGGGGUUUAUCAAUUUAAAGUGGAUUACACUCGUAUUGGUUUGACCCAUUUGUAUAGUACAACACAAGUGUCAGUCCGUCCUUUGCAACAUACACAGUAUGAACGUUUUAUACCAAGUGCAUUUCCUUAUUACAUAAGCGCAUUUUCGAUGAUGGGUGGCGUAUUUUUAUUUUCGCUUGUGUUCCUGCAUUAUAAGGAGGACACAAAACCAAAGUCUGAAUAAACUCUUUGUGGUUAUAAAAACUUAUAAAUACUUUACAACCAAUUACAACCAAUUAUAUAAAAUUCAGUAUGUUAUUUUCAUAAUGAACACAUUGAGGAGAGGAAGAAAGUGCUUGAUCAGACAUUAACAAAGUGGUAGGCAUUUAAAACAUAUAGGUGCGUGUGUGGUAAAACGUUUAUAUUUAUUUAAUGAAAUGUUGGAAAUUGAAGGGUACAACUUGUUUGAAUGCAAAAAAGCGUAAGAAUCGCACGAAGCCUAUCUGCACAUGAACUAUCAAAAUUUUUUUUCUGUGUAAUGUUAGAUACCUUUAAAUAAUGUUUUUAUGGUUACUACAAUAAAUGGAGAA